AUGGCCGGGCAGGCGGUUUUCACCCUCCUGCUGCUGCUGGCUGAGACUGUCCUCCCCGGUGGGUCCAUGGUCAUCAACAGCUGCAGCAGCGCAGCCGAGCAGCUCUGCGACUUCGUCUGUGACUGCAGCGACUGCUCUGACGAGAACCAGUGUGGGUACCUGCAGGGCUCAGCAGUGCUGGGCACCCCCUUCACCUGUGAUUUUGAGGAAGGCGAUUGUGGCUGGCAGGACGUGAGCACCUCGGCUUACAGAUGGGUGCGGGGCCGGGCCAGCCUGGCUGCAUGGGGCACGGGGCCCCACUCAGACCACACCGUGGGCACUGACCUGGGGUGGUUCAUGGUGACUGUGUCGCCCCCGGCAAAGACCAUGGCCACAGCCUGGCUCAAGUCACCAGUGAUGCGGGAAGCAGCUGCCACGUGCGAGAUCAGGGCCUGGUACCACCUCUCGGGAAGCGGGCUCAACCAGACAGAGCAGCCAGUGCUACGACUGGCUAUGGCGUACAGGGACGAGGUGGUAGGGCUGUGGCAGAGCCCCAGGCGCGGAGGCGAGGGCUGGCACCAGCUGGUUGCUUACCCGGGCCGGAUCGCGGAGCAGUUCCAGCUCAUCUUCUCCCUGACACAACCACCAGCAUUUGGGGCAGAAGUGGCACUCGAUGACAUCAUCUUCAGGAACUGCGGCUUGCAGGAGCCCGGGCAGCAGAUCUGUGGAGAGGAGGAGAGCCGCUGCUGCUGGGGCUUAUGCCUGGCACAGCACCGCCUCUGUGAUGGCACUGACGACUGCGGGGACGGCUCCGAUGAGAACAAAACGCAGUGCGAACACUUCACCCACUGCUCCUUUGAGCAAGGUCUCUGCAGCUGGGAGGUGGAGGUCGGGCAGCUGAUGUGGGAGAGGAACACGAGCAUGAACCUGGGGAACAUGUCCAGCAUCCCCACCCGGGACCACAGCAAUAACAGCAGGGCAGGUUUUUUCCUCCUCGUGGGCAGCACCUCAGCUGCAGCAGCCAGUGUCACGGCACGGCUCAGCAGUCCCACUUUCCAGCCCACCAACUCCUGCUCUCUCGUGCUGUACUGCCACCUCCAUGGCUCAGCCACCAGCAGACUCAGAAUCUCCUAUGUGAUCAACUCCACCGAGCACCUGGUGAGGGAGAGGAUGGGGGACCUGGGCAGCUUCUGGGUCCGGGAGAGAGUGGUCUUCAACACGAUGGAGAGCUUCAAGGUGCUGAUCGAGGGUAUGGCCAGCGGCGCGGGGACCGUGGCCAUCGAUGACCUGAUCCUGUCACAGGGCUGCGUGAGCACGCAGGACAAACCUUCAACCAUGCUGCCGAGCCAGGCAUAUCCCAGACCCUGCACAGCCGAUGAGGUGGCCUGCGACAGCAGGGAGUGCAUCAGCGCGGAGCUGGCCUGUGACUUUGCCCAGACAUGUGCCGAUGGCUCUGAUGAGAAGCGCUGCGGAGCGACCACCUUCGAGACGGGGGACGGGGGCUGGCAUGAUGUCAGCCUGGGGCGGCUGCGCUGGGGUGUGCAGACGGCCACUGAGCUCACUGAUACCAUCCUCACAGGUGCAGGGGCUUUCCUGGCCCUCCAGGCAGGAGAAGGACAAAUGAUGGCUGCUGCGAAGGCACGCACGCCUCUGCUGGGCCCCUCCGGUCCUGCCUGCACCAUGGAGAUGAGCUACCGCAUCCACCGAGGCCACAAAGGCUUCCUCGCAGUCAGCAUCGUGGAUCACACCACUGGCACCACCCACCUGGCAUGGCAUACACAGGGUCACAGUGGCACAGCUGAGGGACAUGUCCGUGUCCUGCUGGGGGAGAGGACACAGCGCUUCCAGGUGCAUCCAGGGGCACAGGGACCACGCUGCCAGGCACCCUGGGACUCACCACCACCACACUGCCCCCAGGUCGAGCUGCUGGGGCUGGUGGAUCUGCAGGACUCAGCGGGUGCUGCCAUCGACAAUGUGACGUUAGUGCAGUGCCACCCCAAGGUGGUGCCACCAGGGGCUGCGGAGCUGUCCUGCAACUUUGAGACGGGCAUGUGCGGCUGGUACCAAGAUCAGUCCAGUGACUUCAAAUGGGUCCGCAGCACGGGGCAGGGACAGGGCUCUGACCACACCACUGGCUCAGGCUACUUCUUGGCCGUGGAUCCCUCUGUGCCAUGGAGCCGCGGGCAGUGGGCGCAGCUUGUCACCUACCGCCAGGAGCCCACCACCACCCCACGCUGCCUCUCCUUCUGGUACCGCCUGGCCGGCCCGCAGAUUGGCACCCUGAACCUCAAGCUGCGGCUGGAGGGAGCAGAGGAGAUGGUGCUGUGGACCCAGCGGGGGACCCAGGGCAGCAUCUGGCACCAGGGACGGGCAACGCUGCCCGCCACAGGCCAGCGGCCGUACCGGGUGGCCUUUGAGGCCCUGCGGGAUGGGUUCCUGGGGGAUAUGGCACUGGACGACCUGGCGCUGACGGCGGGGCCCUGUGGGGCUGAGCUCUCCUGCUCCUUCGAGGCGGAUGCCUGUGGGCUGGCAGCCAGUGAGCAGCGUACCUGGCUGUGGCAGAGCAACAGCACCGGCGCCACUGCUGGCCCCUCGGCCGACCACACCACUGGCACUGCCACAGGUACCGGGGCCACGGCUUCCCAGAGCUCUGAUGGAGCCCUGCUGGCUGCCCUGUGGCUCCUGCCUGCCUUCCCUGCCUGCCAUUACAUGGUGGUGAGCACAGGAAGGGGCUCCCUGCCUGCAGGGCACACGGCUGCCCUCACCUCCCAGCCCUACCAGCCCUCUGCACUCGCCCAGUGCCUGGCCUUCUGGUACCAGCUGAGCACUGGGACCCCAGGUGGGGGUCCUGUGCGGCACAGCCCGGACCCCCCUCCAUGGUGGGUGCCAUGGGCAGGAUCUCUCGGCAUCUUCGUGGAGCAGAGUGGGGUGCGGAGGAAGGUGAUGAGCGUGAGCACCACGGAGGGAGAUGUCUGGCACCGCGGUCAUGUCACUGUCCAGCCAGAUGGGGAGUGGCAGGUGAUAUUUGAGGUGGUGGGAGCUGGGGGUGACCACGGGUACAUCGCACUGGACGACCUGCAUGUGUCAGACGGAGCCUGCCCCGAGCCAGCGUCCUGUGACUUCGAGAGGGACAUGUGUGGCUGGAGCAGCCCCUCAGACCCCCGCCUGCACAGCUUUGCCUGGGGCUGGAAGAACGGGGUCCCCCUUGCCAAGUACCCCGGCCCCGAGCAGGAUCACACCCUGGGCACAAGGGAUGGUCACUAUGUGCACUUCGACACCAGGGUGCUGGGCCCAGGGAGCACCACUGCCAGGCUGGAGAGCCAGCACCUGCCUGGUGCUGCUGACUCCUGCCUGCGGUUCUGGUACCACAUGGACAUCCCGGAGCACCUCUUUCAGCUCUGGCUGGGCAGUGAGGAGGAGUGGGGUGCAGUGGCAGGGCACCAGAGCCAGGGCUGGCGAGGCGGCGUGGUGCCUGUGCAGAGCCCUGGCAAGUUCCAGAUCAUAUUUGAGAUCACCACGCGGAGGUGGCCGAUGGAGGGGACGGUGGCGCUGGACGACAUCAUGUACAGCACCGUGGGGGGCUGCCGUUCCAGCCCGGAGGGGCCAAUGGAAGAGAAAUCCUCCGGCAGCUUUGUGGCAGAGGUGGUGCUCAGUCUUCUCCUGGUCAUCAUUGUCCUGGUGCUGGUGGUUGCUGGAGGCUGGUACUUGCUGAAACGGCAAGGGCUGGCAAGUGGAACACCAUCAGAAAGCAAUGCUCCCCAGGGCUUUGAUAACAUCACCUUUCGAGAUGACAAGGUCAUUAUAUCUCCAGAGCAAAAAGAGGGGGAUGAGGUUUGA